CCGAGGGUCCCGAGGGUUUCCCGUCUCCUGGGCCCGACUGCGGGGAAAGCCCAGCGGAACCGGCGCCGCCGGUGCCUCAGGCCUCCGGAGCCGCACGGCGAGUGGCGAGUUCCGGUUCCUUUGCGCCGGCUCCCUGUGGGUGCUGGAGCAGAAGACGCCGUGGAUGUGUUUUUCCUUGCGGGCGGUCGGGCAGGAGUGAGGCUGUGGUUGAUGGAUGGCCCGGUGUCUCCAGUGAGAGCAUUCACGGAGCCAUUUCCGAACCGAGCCCCGAGGGCAAGAAAACUCUUUGUGAUGUCAUUCUUAUGGUUCAAGAAAGGAAGAUCCCAGCACACCGUGUUGUGCUUGCUUCAGCCAGUCAUUUUUUUAACCUGAUGUUUACUACAAAUAUGAUUGAAUCAAAAUCCUUUGAAGUGGAGCUAAAAGAUGCAGAGCCUGACAUUAUUGAACAGCUUGUGGAGUUUGCCUAUACUGCAAGAAUCUCAGUUAACAGCAAUAAUGUCCAGUCUUUACUAGAUGCAGCAAACCAGUAUCAGAUUGAACCUGUGAAAAAAAUGUGUGUGGACUUUUUGAAAGAACAAGUUGAUGCUUCCAAUUGUCUUGGCAUAAGUGUGCUAGCAGAAUGCCUAGACUGCCCAGAACUGAAAGCCACUGCAGACGACUUCAUCCAUCAGCAUUUCACUGAGGUGUACAAGACAGAUGAGUUUCUUCAGCUUGAUGUUAAGCGUGUGACACAUCUCCUGAACCAAGAUACAUUGACAGUGAGGGCAGAAGACCAGGUGUACGAUGCAGCUGUCAGAUGGCUGAAGUAUGAUGAGCCAAAUCGCCAGCCGUACAUGGUUGAUAUUCUUGCUAAAGUCCGAUUUCCUCUAAUAUCAAAGAACUUCUUAAGUAAAACUGUUCAGGCUGAACCACUUAUUCAGGAUAACCCAGAAUGCCUUAAAAUGGUGAUCAGUGGGAUGCGGUACCACCUCCUUUCCCCGGAAGACCGAGAAGAGUUAGUGGAAGGCACCCGACCAAGAAGAAAAAAACAUGAUUAUCGCAUUGCUUUGUUUGGAGGCUCUCAGCCCCAGUCCUGCAGAUAUUUUAAUCCCAAGGAUUACAGCUGGACAGACAUCCGAUGUCCCUUUGAAAAGCGCAGGGAUGCAGCUUGUGUCUUCUGGGACAACGUAGUUUAUAUUUUGGGUGGUUCCCAGCUCUUCCCUAUAAAGCGAAUGGACUGCUACAAUGUGGUGAAGGAUAGCUGGUAUUCCAAGCUAGGACCUCCAACACCUCGAGAUAGCCUUGCAGCCUGUGCUGCUGAGGGCAAAAUUUAUACAUCUGGUGGUUCAGAAGUGGGCAAUUCUGCACUGUAUUUAUUUGAAUGCUAUGACACGAGAACAGAGAGCUGGCACACAAAGCCCAGCAUGCUGACUCAGCGCUGCAGCCAUGGAAUGGUAGAGGCCAAUGGGCUCAUUUAUGUAUGCGGAGGGAGCCUGGGAAACAAUGUUUCCGGAAGAGUCCUGAAUUCCUGUGAAGUUUAUGACCCAGCCACAGAAACGUGGACUGAACUGUGUCCAAUGAUUGAAGCCAGAAAGAAUCAUGGGCUGGUGUUUGUAAAGGACAAAAUAUUUGCUGUGGGUGGACAAAAUAGUUUAGGUGGCCUUGAUAAUGUAGAAUAUUACGAUAUCAAGAUGAAUGAAUGGAAGAUGGUGUCUCCAAUGCCAUGGAAAGGUGUAACAGUGAAGUGUGCUGCCGUGGGAUCUAUAGUCUAUGUCCUGGCUGGUUUUCAGGGUGUUGGUCGCUUAGGGCACAUUCUUGAAUAUAACACUGAAACAGACAAGUGGAUAGCCAACUCCAAAGUCCGUGCUUUCCCAGUGACGAGUUGUUUAAUCUGUGUUGUAGACACUUGUGGGGCAAAUGAAGAAACUCUAGAGAUCUGAAGACUGGCAUUCUUCAAGGACUUGGGAAAAGAUGAUUAUUGGUGCUUUGCUUCCAUGUUUUACUGAAUCAUGUUAAAUUUAGUAUCAGGAAAAAAAACUGAGAUGCAGUCUUUUAAUUUGUAUAUACAACAUUGUAUAAUGUGGAUUUUGUCAUGCCCAUUUUCUUGUCUGUUUUAAAGAGAUGGGGAUGUGUUUUGAGAAUCCACUUAUCUAGGUGAUAUCACAUGGCAUCUUCCUUUAAAAGAACUGUAGGUGUGGCCUUGUCAAACAGAGACCCAAUCCAAAUAUUUAGAAUGCCUCUAAAGCAUUUGAUAAAGAACACGUUCUGGUUAAAUGACAUUUUACCAAGAUCAGUUGCAGAGACACUUCCUUUAAUGAAGGUGAGUAAAUACAGCUUGACUGAUGAGAAAGAGGAGCAACAAUUUUUUCUCCUUCAUACCUACCUGCAGAAAUCUUACUGGGAUGAAAUGAAGACAUUUUCUCAGGAAAGAUCAAGGACUGCUGUCUAAUAAAGAUUCCCAAUGUUUCAACAGCUCUCUAGAUCAUGAUAGCUGCCCUCUUCCAGUGAAUUUCUUCCAUCAUUUGCAUGACUGCUUAUCAGUUUUUUAAGGUUAGAGAGGCCAUACAUAAAAAUUAGAGAAACGCAGUGAUGGUCUCUUUGGCAUUUUGUGGAGCCUUCACAGAAAGACUUUUUGAUUUUAUUUUUUUUAAUUACACUGAGGUAGGGAAUGGUGGGGCAAGUCGACGACAAUUGUGCACUAUAAUUAGCAAGUUGGAAACUUGGAAAGAAUUUUCAGUCUAUCUUCCCAGGCAUCAGACUGUACAUACUGUAGAUGCCAAACCAUUAGCAAACGUGGGAAUGAGAAAAGCAAAGUCAAUACAACAGAUAUAUUGAUUUUCUUCUUGAAAAUUAUUGUUUUUAAAAUGGCAUGAACCAAGUCAUUAAAGAUACUUUACAGAA